AAUUUUGUUCUUAUUUCUUUUAUUAGUUGUAUUCUUCAUUUUUAUAAAUUGUUAUUUCUUAAUUGUUUAUUGCUCGUGUUCGUAGCACAUUUUUCAUGCUAUACUUUUUAUAUUUACGCCGGUAAAUAUAAUCUUUAUAGACAGCACUACGUUAAACCUACUACUAAAUUUAAAAUGACAUAGGUGUAUUUUUGGUUUUAACUACGUGUAUUCUACUAACUGAGGAAUAUAUGUGCAUGUUUUAAAAGUUCCACCAAUAUUUGAAUAGAAAUUUUAAUUCUUACCAAUCAGAAAUACAAUUAAUCAUGGAAGUAAACAAAGAUGAAGCUUAUCGCUGUUUAGAUCGUGCUGAAUAUUAUAUCGCCGAAGGCGAUGUUGAAAAAGCAGAAAAGUUCAUAAAUAAGAGCAAAAAACUUUUUCCAACCUCUGAAGCGGAUGAACUAUUAAAAAAAUUAAAAACUCAAGGUUCAAAAAAACAUACAACAUCAAAUGUUAAACCUGAUGGACAAAAUGCUAAAAAACGUAAAAAUACGCCUCCAGGUAGUCCCAGAGGAGAAAGAGCUAAUCAACCAACUUAUACAAAAGCACAAUUGGACACAGUCAAAAAAGUUAACAACUGCAAAGAUUUCUAUGAUGUGCUUAGCAUAAAAAAAGAUGCUACUGAUACUGAAAUAAAAAAAGCAUAUAAAAAAUUAGCCUUAGUAUUGCAUCCAGAUAAAAAUCAUGCUCCUGGAGCUGCUGAAGCAUUUAAAACUGUAGGUAAUGCUGUCGCCACAUUAACUGAUGCAGAAAAACGAAAACGUUAUGAUAUGGUUGGUCACGAAAAUGCUACAUCAGAUCAUGUACACAGAAAUUAUGAUCAUGGAUUUGAAUCGGAUAUUACAGCUGAACAAUUAUUUAAUAUGUUCUUUAAUGGAGCUUUUCCAACAAGACAAGGACCAAUGACAAACCCAUACUAUACUCGAUCGUUUUCAAGACGUUGGCCACCAGAGACUGAUAAUGAUAAUCAUCAACAACAGGAAUCAUCAAGUAUAUAUUUUCAACUGUUACCAAUUCUUCUCCUACUUCUGCUAUCAUUGUUUUCAAACUUUUCUUAUGAUCCCGUGUAUACUCUAAAACAUUCCCCGAAGUACCCUGUUCUUCGUCGUACAUCAUUCAGAGACAUUUCAUAUUUUGUGAAAGAUAACUUUCAUACUGACUAUACAGGCGAUUUAAGACGUUUAGAGCAUACUAUUGAAGAAGAUUAUAUAAAUACAGUACGCACAAAAUGCAUACGUGAAAAAGAAUACUAUGAGUCAUUAAUGUGGAGAGCACGUUUAGAUGAUGAUUCUACAUUAUUCAAUAAAGCAACUAAAUACCAAAUGAAAUCUUGUGAGGAGUACCAAACAUUGAUGAAACAAAAAUAUAAAUAAAGCUAUUUUCUUUAAUACCACUUAGUUUUGUUUUGUUUUGUUUUGUUUUUUUUUUUUUA